AUGUACACCAGUCAUGAAGAUAUUGGGUAUGAUUUUGAAGAUGGACCAAGAGAAAAGAAGACACAUAAGCCUAACCCCAACAUUGAUGGCGGAUGGGCUUGGAUGAUUGUCCUUUCCUCUUUCGUGGUACACAUACUCAUCAUGGGGUCCCAGAUGGCACUAGGUGUGCUGAACAUGGAAUGGCUUGAAGAAUUCCAUCAGAGUCGAGGCUUGACUGCCUGGGUUAGCUCCCUUAGCAUGGGGAUCACACUCAUCGUGGGACCUUUCAUUGGCUUGUUCAUCAACACAUGCGGCUGCCGCAAGACUGCGAUCAUGGGAGGGAUUCUGAAUGCCCUGGGCUGGGUCCUGAGCGCCUACGCCACCAACGUGCAUUAUCUCUUUAUCACAUUCGGAGUGGCGGCCGGGUUUGGCAGCGGAAUGGUCUACCUCCCCGCAGUGGUCAUGGUGGGACAGUAUUUUCAGAAGAGACGAGCUCUAGCUCAGGGUCUUAGUACAACUGGAACGGGCUUCGGUACCUUCCUCAUGACCGUCUUACUAAAAUAUCUUUGUUCGGAAUACGGAUGGAGAAGCGCAAUGUUCAUCCAGGGGGCCGUCUCCUUGAACCUGUGUGUCUGUGGAGCCCUCAUGAGGCCCCUCGCUCCCAACGAAACCCAAAGCAAAAAAGAUCUUAAGAGCAAAGAUGGCGAGAGAGAACUCAAGCUCCCUCUUUCUCAUUCUUCGGAGUCGAUAAAAUCGAAUGGGCACCUGAACAAAACGGAAGAGAGGGAGGACGGGCCAGCGAAGGAGGAAAUGCUCCACAAUUCCCCGGUCCCGGAGAGCAGAGGCAAGGACAAAGUCCAACACGGGAAGAACAUGUACGCCCUCCGGAUCCUCAAGGUCGUGAGCCAGCUCACCAUUCGGGUGAGGAAGGGGUUCUGGGACUGGUACUCCAGUUACUUUGGGACCGCGUCCCUCUUCACCAACAGGAUGUUCGUAGCCUUUAUUUUCUGGGCUCUGUUUGCCUACAGCAGCUUUGUCAUUCCAUUCAUUCACCUCCCAGAAAUAGUCAAGCUGUAUAAUCUGUCGGAACAGAACGACGUCUUCCCCUUGACGUCGAUCAUAGCCAUAGUUCACAUCUUCGGAAAAGUGAUCCUUGGAAUUGUGGCUGACCUGCCCUGCGCCAGCGUUUGGAACGUCUUUCUGAUGGCCAACUUGAGCCUCGUCAUCAGCAUCCUCAUUCUGCCAUUAAUGCACACGUAUGCCAGCCUGGCGGCCAUGUGUGCCCUCAUAGGCUUCUCCAGUGGCUAUUUCUCCUUGAUGCCCGUCGUGACUGAAGACCUGGUGGGCAUCGAACAUCUCGCCAACGCCUACGGCAUCAUCAUUUGUGCCAAUGGAAUAUCGGCCCUGCUGGGACCGCCAUUUGCAGGUUGGAUCUAUGAUAUCACCCAAAAAUACGAUUUUUCCUUCUACAUCUGUGGCUUACUUUACAUGGUGGGGAUGCUCUUUUUACUCAUCCAGCCUUGUAUCCGACUGAAGGAACAACCAAGAAAAAAAUACAUGGAAGGCACCCAUGUUUAG